ACAACAUGUUUGGAUAGUUAUUAUAUUAUAAUUAUCCCUAUUUGGUAAUUAUUGGUUUAUUGUAGGUUGAAUCUCAACAUUCCACAUUGCUACACAAUGCUGUUUUAUAACUUUUUGAUAAACUUGAGAGUUUUAAACUGAGUAAAGUGUUUCACCAAUUUGGGUCACAACCACAUCCUACCCAACAUACGUGUUAAUAGGACUAAUGUUUCCAUGACAGCAUAUUUAAGUGACAUCACAGCAGAGAGCAGUUAUAGAAGUAGUCUGAGUGGAUCAGCUCUCCAUUCUUACAGAAGGACUCAGCAACGAACUUCAGAGUGAAAGUAUCUGCAGAGCGAGACGCAGUCGGGAGGACAGCAUUUUGAUGGGCAUGGAUUUUGUGUAUGUCGUGGAAAUGGUGGAGGUCGUGGGCAUCGCACUGCGAGUCAUAGGAUUAAUACUGACCAUUGUGAUCUGUGCUCUCCCCACCUGGAUAGAGACAACCUUUAUAGCAGGUAACGUUGCCACCACAAAGGUGGUCUUGAACGGCCUGUGGAUGUACUGUUUGACCCUAGGCACGGGUCAGACAUGGUGUGAGAUAAUAAUAAUAAUAAUAUAUGCCAUUUAGCAGACGCUUUUAUCCAAAGCGACUUACAGUCAUGUGUGCAUACAUUCUACGUAUGGGUGGUCCCGGGGAUCGAACCCACUACCCUGGCGUUACAAGCGCCAUGCUCUACCAACUGAGCUACAGAAGGAGAUGGACAACUCCAUGUGUUUUUUUCCCAAUCUUUGGAUCUAUUGGGGACAUGUUCUGGAGCCUGCCAAAGCCAUGAUCCUCAGUGCCAUCAUCCUGGGGGUUCUGGGGGUCAUGUGCUCCAUGGUUGGAGCCAAGUGCACCGACUGCAUCAAAGACAAAACAUCUCAGGCCAAGUUGAUAAUCAUCGCUGGAAUACUUUUCAUCCUGGCCGGAAUUCUCAUCCACAUCCCUGUUUCCAUGGUAGCUAGAUCAAUUAUAAGCAACUCCUUCGAAUGGGUCAAAGCUGUGUUGGGGGCCUCGCUGUACUUCGGCUGGGUGGCGGCUGCCCUGCUCCUGAUUGGAGGGGUCACACUGUGCAUCACUGUGGGAGUCUUUGGGUGGAUGAUGGGAAUCUUUGGAUGGAUAGCCUCCCUAGUGUCCUGUGCUCUCUCUAUAUUGCGCCCAUUCCAUGUUUUUCCUGAGCCCCCCUUUAGGGACAUAUGGAUGGUUCUGAUGACUAUCACCUCCAUCUCCUCCAUCCUGGGAGCUCUAGGAGUGAUGGGCUCCAUCUUUGGGACCAGGUGCUGUAACUGCAUCAAGAGUAACAGGACAAGGGUCAAGGCCAGAUUCAUCGUUGGAAUAUUCUUCAUCCUGGCCGGUAUCCUGCAGCUCACCACUGAAUUUGUGAUUGUCCAUUACUUGAUAACGGAUGUCCACCUGCAGCUCAGAUAUCUCGUCAAUUUUCAUCCAAUCAACUGGGUUAUUAUGUUAGCUGAAUUGAGUAGCUGGUCCGCCUGCAUGCUCCUGAUAGGAGGGACCAUACUCUGCUGCUCCAUAUUCAAGAGGAACCAAUCAGACUCAACGACAACUCAAUCAGCCUCCCGCUAACAGCUCUGUCUUCAACAGGUCAUAUAGGAGUUUAUGUCAUAUUGUGUUGGGAUCGUAGUCUGGUGCAGCUGCUGCUGUUACUGCUUUAACAGAGAGGGUGUACUUUCUUUUAAUGAAAACAAUGGAGAGAAUAUAAUUGUGAUUCUAUAUGUAAUUCUAUGAUAAAACGGCCUCUAUCCUUUCUGUUCAGUGUUAAAAAGUCAGAAAGGACCUGAUAGGUGUGAAACAACAUAGUUAUUGUUCCACCUUGUCUUUAACACGUCAAAGGGGAGUUUAUGACACAUUGUGUUCAAAUAUUCAGUUAAUUUAGACUGGGAGUUCCUGAGGAGACUCUGCAAUGAAGGGACAUAUUCUCACUCUUUCCUCUCUGAUUUCCUAUACCUGUACUGAUACUUCUCUUUAUGCUUCUUUAAAAUGGGAUGCAUUUAAGUGGAGAAAGAAUUGAAUCAGUAGUUGAAUGUUUAACCCUGUUAAAUAUGUUCAAAUAAAAUAAUUGUA